UUAAAACAGUAAUGGCGACUGCAGCUUUUUCUGACGAAGUUAGCGGCGACUCCCUCGAGUGUUCGAUCUGCUGCUACACCUUUAAGAACCCGAAGGUUCUUCCCUGCCUGCACACCUUCUGUGAGCACUGCCUACGGGAAUGGGUACAGAAGAACGAUGGUGACACUUUUCUAUGUCCUAUUUGUCGACAACCAGUCCCAUUGCCCCAAGAUGGCGUCGAGGGUCUAAAGGACAAUGUAUUCCUUGCUAGGCUGGUGAAAGCUGUGACCGAGCAUCACAAGAUUCGCCAGGGGAAAGAUGUUCUCCUCUGCACCAGCUGCGAUGAAGGGAAGCCGGCCACGUCCAGGUGUUCAGAGUGCGCGGAGUUUCUCUGUGAGAGUUGUGAGUCGGCACAUCGUCUAGUGAGAGCUACCAAGGGCCACACCCUUUUCACGUUUGAGGAACUGAAAACGGGAAAAUAUGACAAAGUCUUCAGGGCCAGGACAGCCCCACCGUGCUCCAAGCAUUCGGGAGAGAUCUUGAAGCUCUACUGUAGGACUUGCGAGACUCCAAUAUGCAACGAGUGUGCCUUGUUUGAACACAGGGACUCGCAACACGACUUCGCGCGCAUAGAAGAGGUGGCUGCAGAAAAGAGGGAGACAAUCUUAGCUCUAACACCACAAUGCCAGGCUCGAAUGCAGUUCUUUUGCGAGACGGAAGGAGUACAGAAACGCUUGAAGGAACAACUUCAGCUGAAUGCAGAGGGGGCUCGUCAGAACGUCCAGAAAACCGUACAGACACUAAUCGCCCUUGUCAAGGAAGAAGGCGAGCGGCUCCUAACCUGUGUUGACACAGAGGAAAAGUCCAGAAGGAAGCAGAUCGAUGCAGGGAUAGAGGCGGCACAGAUCAGUCUGGCAAGCGCCAAGAGUACAUGUGAGUUUGCGGAGACUCUGGCCAGGGAGGGAGGCGACUACGAAGUUGUAUCUUUCUCACAAGAUAUGACAAGUAGACUGAAUGACUUGACUAAACCACCUGCGGACACAGUGGACUUUGAACUGGCAAAUAUUACCGUUGAUUACUCUGUUAUGGAGCACAAGUUGACGACAAACAGCCCCAAAUCUGCCCAAUACAGCCUGCCGACGCCUAUGGAGAGGGAACUGUGUUCUCUGCUGAAAUGUGCACUGCAAAAUCGGACCAGCUCGAGGACGGGACUUCCUGAUCUGAAACCAUCUGGGCCCAGGGUGUCGGGAAAUGUAAGCAGAAAGGUACAUGGUAAGUAA